AAUAUCGGUAUCUCGGCUGUGAGGCAUUCAACAAGAACAGCGCGCGGCCACACUGCUGUCAGAAAGAAUUUUCGGUCCAUCCAAAUUCCAAGCUGCAGAGUUCGCCCGUCGGCAUCAGCAGUCAGCAGCACCAGCAACACCCACCCACCCACCACGUAACUAGAAUGGCCGGCUUUCCCGAGUACGCCCGCGGCGAGGAGACGGAGGUCAACGGCUGGAUCCGCUUCGGCAUGCGGCUGGGCGUCAGUGCUGCCCUACACCCGUUCGAGUACUCGAAGACGCUCAUCCAGCUAGGCUACGAGCCGAUCGCCGCAAUGCCCGGCAAAUCGCUACUGGGCAAGCCGAUCAUGAAGCUGCCGAACAUCUUCCAGUACGCUGGACAUAUUCGGCGGGUCGACGGCUUCUACGGCUGCUACCGCGGACUGGCCCCUAAGCUGGUGGGCUCCCUGGUGGCCAUGCUGGUGAGCGAGCGGGUGGCCGACAAACUGGGACUGGAGCAGCCGGAGGAGAUCAAGGACGACUCGCAGCUGAGCGAGGAGGAAAUGUACGUCCAGUUCAAGUCGAGUCUUAAGCGAGACAUCGUGCUGACGGUGAGCGGGAUCGUGGCAUCGCACCCCUUUCACGUGAUCUCGCUGCGCAUGAUGGCGCAGUUCGUGGGCCGCGAGACGUUGUACACCUCCAUCGUGGGCUCAGUCGGCGAGAUCUGGAAGACUGAAGGCAUUGCCGGCUUCUUUGCCGGCCUGGUGCCAAAGCUGCUUUGCGAUGUGGCCUGCCUCGUGCUGUCCAGCUCCACCGUUUACAUCCUCAACAAAUACGUCAUCAAGGACAAGUUGGGUAGACAGUACAACGCCGGCUUCACACAGUUUGCCGUAUCGAGCCUUCUCUAUCCACUGCAAGUGGUCUCCACUUGCUCGGCGGUUAGUGGCUCCCGCCUAAUGGCAGCCCAGCCGCCGAUUAUGCCGGCCUACAAGAACUGGGUGGACUGCUGGAACGAUUUGCAGAUCCGCGGCGAGCUUAAACGCGGUAGCUCCCUUUUUUGGAGGUCCCAAGCCAUCAGCUCUCCGGUUAUAGCCACCUCAUUUGCGCCCCUGCCGAAGCUGGCGCGUUACCAGUAGGCGCCGAGCCUAGACGACCACUUCACAUGGCUAGGCUGUGUUUGCCCUGCAUUUCAAUGGAGCCGCGCCGACGACGACGACGACCAACUCCAACCCAAUACAACUGCAUUUGUUUUCUGUCUCUACAAUCACAGUCACAAUUUCGUUAAUACAAGUUUAUUUCCACGCGUUAAAGUGUCUGAACUCCCAUUUCAGUUAUCUUUCUGCAUCCCACUAGCACUGAAUUCUCCUGCAAAGAAAAAAUAGGGCGAAGGCAUCCUGCGCAGUCUUGUUACUGUUUACUGCAAAACUUGAUAAACUUAAUAAAAUGAUUUUUCUUUCAA